AAGAUGUUAUCUUUUCUGUUUGUCUUCUUGGUCCUGAACCUUUCCUUCUUUUUCUGCAGUUUGACUGAUCCUGUGUGCUUUUGGAGAAUAAAAGACAAGAACAACAUGGAAGGAGAUAAAGAGGUUGAUUGUUUCUUUUCCAUUUAUACAGAGCACAGAUACAUGAAAAAUGAUUACUUCAGUGGGAAUCUAGAUAAGCAGUUGACCCCUAAGAACAUCCACUUGAUCUUCUCUCUUUACUUUGCCAUGGAAGAAAUCAAUAGGAACCCUCAUAUUUUACCAAACAUUUCUCUGCUAGUUAACAUCUCGUGUAACCUGAUGGGUGAUCAGAAAAGAUCUAGAUUAUAUGCAAAAAGAACUGUAAAUUUUCCUAACUACUACUGCAAAGAUCAGAGAAAAUAUAUAAUUGUACUUACAGGACCCAUGUGGUUACUAUCUUCCUUUCUUGGACCAUUGCUGUAUAUGUCAAAAACACCAGAACUAUACUAUGGUCAUUUUCAACCUCUCCUGAAUGUCCAUGAACAAUUUCCUCAUCUCUGCCAGAUGUCUCCCAAGGACACAUCUCUGCCAUUUGCCAUGGUAUCCCUAGUGGCUCACUUCAGAUGGAAUUGGGUGGGAGUGAUCAUUCCAGAUGAAGUCCAUGGACAUGAAUUUCUUUCUGAAUUGAGAGAGGAGAUGCAAAAUAAAAUUGUCUGUAUAGCAUUUGUGAGCAUUAUCACAAAUGAUGCUAUAUCAUAUACUAAAAUGGCUGAUACAUAUUAUAACCAGAUCAUGAUGUCAUCAGCAAAAGUUGUGAUUGUUUAUGGAGACAAAGACUCUCUAGUAUGUCACUUUAUACUAUGGAACUAUGUGGAAAUUCGGAGAAUCUGGGUCAGUAUGUCCCAAUUGGAUAGUAUCACAUUUAUGGGAGAUUUUAUGCUUAACCCGUUCUAUGGGACUUUCAUUUUCUCACAUAAGAAUCCUGAGAUGUCUGGUUUUAAACAAUUUAUUCAGACAGUGCAUCCUUCAAACUAUAGUAAUGAAAUUUCACUUGCUAAACUAUGGUGGAUUUAUUUUGAAUGUUCUUUCUCAUCAUCUAAUUGCACAAAACUUAAAGAUUGUUCUACCAAAACUCUGUUGAAAUGGUUCUAUAGGCACCAGUUUGGAAUGGCCAUGAGUGAUACAAGUUAUAAUUUAUACAAUGCUGUGCAUGCUGUGGCCUACUCACUCCAUGAGAUGCUUUUAAACCAUGUGGACACAUGGUCAAAAAAUGCUGGGAAAGGAUUUGCAUUUGACUCUCAACAGAUGUUCUCUAUUCUGAAGAACAUGCAAUUUGUAAAUCCUGCUGGAGACCUAGUGAACAUGAACCACAAAGCAAAACAGGAUACAGAGUAUGACAUUUUCUAUAUCAUGGAUCAUAAAAGUAAAAUUGGGCUUAAAGUGAAAAUAGGAAAGUUUUCUGGACACUUUCCAAAUGAACAACAAUUAUAUAUGUCUGAUGAAAUGAUAGAAUGGGCCACAGAUUUUAGACAGACUCCACCAUCCAUAUGCAGUAGGUCUUGCAGUCCUGGACACAGAAAAUCCCCUCAGGAGGGCAAAGCUGUCUGCUGUUUUGAUUGUAACCGCUGUCUAGAAAAUGAAAUUUCCAACAUGACAAACAUGGAUCAUUGUGUGAUGUGUCCAGAUGAUCAAUAUGCCAACACAAAACAAACUCACUGCCUCAAGAAAGUUGUCACCUUUCUGGCCUAUGAGGAUCCAUUGGGAAUGUCUCUGGCUGCCUUGGGCCUAUUUUUCUCCUUUCUUACAGCUGUUGUACUUGUUGUCUUUUUGAAGCAUCAAGGUACUCCUAUAGUAAAGGCCAAUAACCAAGUUCUCAGCUAUGUACUACUCCUCUCCCUAAUACUUUGUUUUCUCUGUUCCUUGCUCUACAUUGGUCAACCACAUACAACCACCUGUAUCUUGCAGCAGACCACAUUUGCAAUUGUCUUCACUGUGGCAACAUCUUCUGUUUUGGCUAAGACAAUUACUGUAGUACUGGCAUUCAAGGUCACUGUUCCAGAUGCAAAGAUGAGAUGGCUUCUGGCAUCAGGUGCACCAAACAUCAUCAUUCCCAUCUGCACCAUGAUCCAAGUGAUUCUCUGUGGAAUCUGGCUUGGAACUUCUCCUCCAUUUGUUGAUGCUGAUGCACAAACUGUACAUGGCCACAUAUUGAUUGUUUGCAACAAAGGCUCAGCUACUGCCUUCCACUGUGUCCUGGGAUAUUUGGGCUCUCUGGCCCUUGCAAGUUUUACUAUGGCUUUCCUGGCCAGAAAUCUGCCUGACACAUUCAAUGAAGCCAAGUACCUGACAUUCAGCAUGCUGGUGUUCUGUAGUGUCUGGUUUACCUUCCUCCUUGUCUACCAAAGCACCAAGGGUAAGGGUAUGGUGGCUGUGGAGGUCUUCUGUAUCUUGGCCUCGAGUGCAGGCCUACUUCUCUGCAUCUUUGCCCCAAAGUGCUACAUUAUUUUGUUCAAGCCACAGAUAAAUUCUUUUCAUAAGCUCAGAAAGACAUAUUGUAAAGAUGAAAAUAUCCAUGAAAUUUAA